AUGGAUGUCGACAUGGAUAUAGACCUGGGUCUCGAUUUUGAGAUUCAGCCCGAGCCCGAGCCCCAACCCGUUCAGACGCAGGCUGCUAUGCAAGAAAGCGCCCCCGAUCCUUUGACCGAAGAAGCCGUAUACGAGAAAGUCCAUAUCCGGGGUGUGGAUGAAUUGACCACCGACGAUAUCAAGCAAUUCGCAACGAGUCACUUUGAGCAUGAAACCCCUUCACGCGUGGAAUGGAUUGAUGAUACGUCUGCCAACCUCCUCUACUCAUCUGGUGAAGUUGGGAUUCAAGCUCUUGCGGCUCUGACUCAGGUCGGUGAAGAAGACGCCUCAGCCCUACCUCCUCUACGACUGCGAUCAGCCAAGCUCCUUGCGAGCCAUCCCGACUCUGUUAUCCAAGUGAGAUCUGCCAUCAAGUCAGACCGCAAACAGGCUCGUUCAUACGAGAAGAGUCGUUUCUACCUUAUGCACCCCGAGCACGACCCCCGCGAGCAGCUUCGCCAAGAGCUUUCAGAUAGAAGGCGACACGGAGAUUCCGGCGAUGGCGAGUACAGACGCCGCAAAUUCGACGACCGAGAACUGCGCCGCCGACAUGACCGAGAUGGUGAUGACCAAUUCAGUGCAAAUAUGUAUGACGAUCAACCCGAGAGUUACUCAGACCCUGAGCGCGAGCGCUCCGGCCGAAGACACCGAGGAACACGCGAGUUGUUCCCAGAAGAUGAGGGAUCAUCUGGUCGUCUGCGCAACCGCAGCGCCUCGCCCGGGCGAGAUACCCUUGAAGAAGCCGAUCAAGCCAAUCGAGAAUCUGGUUCUCGCAGACGAUUCCGCGAGAGGUCGCCCCAAAUCGACCGUCGGAAUAAAGGCAGAGAACUUUUUCCAUCAGACGGUGCUGGCGCUCGCGAAUUAUUCCCCAACAAACCCGCUUCGAGCUAUAUUAAGAAAGAGUUGUUCCCCGCUAAAGCCAGUGGUCACCGCCGAUCUGAUGCUUUUGAUGCGGCAGAUGAGACAGCGCAUCUUCUGAACCGGAGGAUCUCCGUCCCUUUUACUGAUGGGGCUUCCGACCAGCGCAAUCGCAAUACAGAACUUUUCCCCGACUCCGACCAGGGAGCCAGUAUGCGCGGGCUCACUGGAGACCAGGGCGUCGCGAUUCGAGGAGCAUCCGCUGGGAUGUCGAUUAAGGGCCGUGGUGCUUCUGUUCGUGAACUAUUUCCCUCUAAAUUCGGCGAUGACAAUGCUCCGGCCAAUUCAGCCAAUGCCGGGAAGGAACUUUUCUCCGAUACUCUAGAUGGUCGUGGAGGACGUCGCCGGAGAGCAGAGGAUAUGUUCCAUUAA